AUGAGGCCGAAAUUUGACGGUCAAUUAUUUAAACAUAUGGAUGGUAGUCCUCUAACAAGAUUUCAAUUCUGUUCAGUAUUAAAUAAGUGUCUUGAAAUAGCCGGUCUUCCAAACUCCAAGUACAAAUCACACUCUUUCCGUAUUGGUGCUGCGUCAGAUAGUUUUUCUUCCGGUCAGUCAGAAACAGAAAUUAAAAAGCAAGGAGAUGAAAAGGUUAUUUGGAUUGUUGGUUCUUCAAUUAUUAAAUGGGCAUUCUACUUUGCAAGAAAAUCCUUUGAUGGUGUGGAUUUAGGUUUAAAACGAAGAAAUUACAGAAUUUUUUGGCAGGGAAAGGGAGGUAUGAAAUGGUUUGACCUUAUUCCAAAAAUAAAACUUUUGUUACGUUAUGAAUCACCUCCAGAAAUUUUAAUUAUUCAUUGUGGAGGAAAUGACAUAGGUAAAAUUCCAUUGCUACAACUACGGUCCAAUAUGUGUUCAACUCUCAAAAAACUUGAGGAGCUACUACCCAACACAACAAUUGGUUGGUCAAAUAUUUUGCCAAGAAUUUCAUGGCGUUUUAGUUCGAACUCAAAAUCUCAAAAUCUUGCUUCUGUUAGACUCAAUAAUUUUAUGAAUCACUUAGUUACUGUCAAUGGUGGAUUCUUUAUCAAAUACCCAGAGAUUACUUGGGAUUCAAAUGAAAUGUUUAGUAGUGAUGGAGUUCACCUGUCGUACAUCGGUAAUUGUUUCUUGCUAUAUAACUUACAAAGGGCUUUGCAAGAAUAUGUUUUUCUAUAAAAGGUUAAAUACGUAAUUUAAGCUUCAAGAUGUGGUCACACCUACAUAUAUUUUGCGUCUCUCAUUCCACCUAACUUCGUUGGCGGUGGUUGUCAUUUUCAACGGACAACCAUUUGGCGGUUUUUCGAGACGCCUUCCAUGAUACAAUUAUUUUUUCACAACUUCUGCUGAGUAUCUGCUAACCCAGUACCAGCUUGAAUGUUGUCAGUAUUCAAAUCUUCAGGACUUUAUAAGGAUAAGGAUACAAUGUUUAUAAGGAUAAGGAUAUAAAGUUUAUAAGGAUAAGGAUAUAAGGUUUAUAAGGAUAAGGAUAUAAGGUUUAUAAGGAUAAGGAUAUAAGGUUUUAUAAGGAGUUAUGUUAUAACGAUUAAUAAAAUAUAUAUUGUAUUAUGUAGGUCGU